AUGACUCACAUCAACUUUGUCACUCUCGAUGUCUUUACAUCAACACCCUACUCUGGCAACCCGCUAGCAGUAGUCUUCCUCCCAGAAGACGACUCAGCCGCUCUGACACAGAGCCAGAAGCAAACUGUCGCACAGGAAUUCAAUCUUGCCGAGACUAUCUUCGUGCAUCCAGUACGCGAGAAAAGCAAGCGCACCAUCGACAUCUUUACCACAGACUGCGAAAUCCCCUUCGCAGGCCAUCCCACCAUUGGCGCAGCCUCCUGGUUCCUGAACCACUCAACCAACCCCGCGGAUGGAAAUGGCAUCACCACCCUCGUGACUAAGUCCGGUGAUAUCCCCAUCUCCAUCCAGAAUCACGAGACCAACCAAAUCGCUGCACAUAUUGCGCAUAAUACGCAUAUUCAUGAUGCGCGGCUCACCUUAAAGGAGUUGGCGAGGCUGCACCCGACGCUGGCGCCGUUCUUUACACAGCCAGAUGUUACUUUCCCGUGCUUUUCGAUUGUCAACGGGAUGAGUCAGGUGUUUGUUGAGCUUCCUUCACUUGAGGCGUUGGCUGCUGUUACGUCUGCGACCGGCGGGGAGCUGGUUUCUGAUAAUUAUCUUGAUGAAGGGUGGAGGACUGGAUUAACCUGUGUGUAUUUCAUUGUCCGAGAUGUGGAGGAUAGUGUCAUGAAGAAAAAGGUUAUUCGGUCCAGGAUGAUACUGGGAACUGUGGAGGAUCCAGCUACUGGCAGUGCGGCUAGUGGGUUGGCGGCGUACUUGGCGCUCACAGAGGGCAAGGCAGGUGAGAAUUAUCAGUACCAUGUUGUGCAGGGCGUUGAAAUGGGACGCCGGAGUGAGAUUGGUGUUGGGGUUACUUUGGACGGUGACAAGAAAAUCGCACAGGUUGUGCUGACAGGCACUGCUGUCAGCGUAUCUGAGGGCAAGAUUCUGGUUCCUCAUGCCUGA